CCUGAGCUGAAAGGAUGACACAGGGGAACUUCUCCCGGGUGACUGAAUUCAUCCUCCUGGGGCUUUCUGAUACAAGGGAGCUGCAAGUCCUCCUCUUCACUGUCUUCUUCCUGGCCUACGCCAUGGUUCUGCUGGGGAACCUUCUUAUUAUUGUGACAGUCAGGUCUGACCCCAAGCUGUCCUCACCCGUGUACUUUCUCCUCUGCAAUUUGUCCUUCAUAGAUAUCUGCUGCACCUCUGUCACCUCCCCCAGGAUGCUGGUAGACCUGCUCUCCCGGAGGAAGGCCAUUGCUUUUGAAGACUGUAUAGCCCAGCUGUUUUUCCUGCACUUUGUCGGGGCAUCAGAGAUGUUCCUCCUGACGGUGAUGGCGUACGACCGCUACGCUGCCAUCUGCAAGCCCCUGCACUACACAGCCAUCAUGAGCCGGCAGGCCUGCUGGCUCCUGGUGUCUGCCUGCUGGGCAGGGGGCUUCCUCCACUCCAUCGUCCAGACGCUGCUCACAAUCCAGCUCCCUUUCUGCGGCCCUAACAAAAUCGACAACUACUUCUGUGACGUGCCUCCUGUCAUCCGGCUGGCCUGCACGGACAUCUAUGUCACCGAGUGGCUCAUGGCUUCCAACAGCGGCUUGAUAUCCCUGGCUUGCUUCCUGGUGCUGGUGACGUCUUACACCUUCAUCCUGGUGACAAUCAGGGUCCGCCUCACCGAGGGGCACUGGAAGGCCCUCUCUACCUGUGCCUCGCACGUGAUGGUCGUCACCCUCUUCUUUUUACCCUGCAUCUUCAUCUACCUCCGGCCCUUUUCUACCUUCCCCUCCGACAAGCACAUCUGUGUGAUCUACACUGUCUUCUCCCCGGUGAUGAACCCCCUCAUCUAUACCCUGAGGAGUAACGAGGUGAAGGCAUCCAUGUGGAGGUUGUGGAAGCGCUGCAGAGUCUUCUGA